AAUAAUUACAAAAUCAUUUUUCAAUCAACAGACACUCGGCGGCACAGUCACUUCAAAGGUCUCAAAGUAAUUAACUUCAGAUUCACGAACAAGGUUCUACAAAACGAGCUGGACGAGGCCGUCCUCAACCUUCACGUCCAAGAGCUGGAGGCGAGGAACACCACCAUCGACCCUGAGGAACCCUUCACCAUCACCCUACAAGUCAGCAGGGUCACACGCAACAACCAAGGAAGCAAGGCCUCCGUGCCCUACACUGACAACUCAGUCAAGAUGACACGUAAAGAGUUAAGAUCUGGUAAAUGGCUGAAGAUCAACGUGACUACCAUGGUCGCGGAGUUCUGCAGACUCCCGAGGGAGAAUUUAGCAAUAGUUGUGAGAGUACAAGACUCGAAGAAUAGAAUGAGCUUGGUUGUGCCGCAUCCGAGCUCAGACUCGAAUAACGCUUUGAUGCCAUACAUAGAAGUAAGUCUAAAGGACAACUCGCACAAGCGCACGCGCCGCACCAUCGGUAUGGAUUGCACAGAAAACUCGAAAGAAGCGCGCUGUUGUCGGUACCCCCUAGUUGUAAACUUCGAAGAGUUUGGAUGGGACUGGAUCAUAGCACCGAAGAUCUACGAUGCAAACUACUGCAGUGGAGAAUGCCCUUACAGCUUCCUUCAGAAGUAUCCACACACACAUUUGGUCCACCUCGCGGCGCCCCAGGGCAGCGGGGGCCCAUGCUGCGCCCCAAGAAGAAUGAGCAGUAUAACCAUGCUGUAUUUCGACCACGAUUAUAAUAUUAUAUACGGGACUAUACCUGGAAUGGUGGUCGAGAGUUGUGGCUGUUCAUAGCAACACCUUAGUUUAGGUCCGGAUCCAAGCUUGCUCUUUACUUUGCUUGAUUUUUUAACCACAAGUAAUAAAUCCUUAUUUCAAAAAUCAUACAAAAAAACUCUAAAUACAGCUUUCAGUGCAAAUAUCAAACGAUUGCAGUAAUUUUUAAAUAUGCCUUCAAAUUCUAAUUGGUUAAAAAACUUUGUUAUCGUUACGCCGAUAGUAAUUAAUGAAUUCACAAGAAUUUCAUUCAUUAAUUUACGUCAUAAAGACUAAAUGUUAACCCUCUAAUUCUGUAGCUAUCUAUUGUUUAAACACUGAAAGAAAUAUUUCUCUUUUUUGUUUUGUUCUAUUUUUUUGUAAUUUUUUUUUGUCUUGUUUUAAUAUAUUUUGCAGUAAGCUUGGAGCCCGGAGUGUGGAGUCUAUAGGUAUGUGAUAUUCGGUUGAAGACUGCAAACCUUUUUGUGUUGUGUGCCGUGAGUGUGAAAAUGUACAUUUUUUAUUUUACGUUUGUACCUACGUCUAGAUUAAAUUACUCAAAAUGUAAUGUUCGGGUCAUACGAGGUACGAGUGUACGCUAGUACACAUAAAAAGUUUCUACAUGAUCAAAAGUUAACUAUUUUUGCAAAAUAGAUGAAAAACGACUUUCAUCUCGAUUUAAAAAUCAAUGUAAUAUUUUGUUUUCGUAGCAUCGUAUGACCCAUAAUCUCAUACUUUUAUAACAUCACUUUGUCAGUAGGUAUCACCCAUUUCGAGUAUAUUAUAUGAUAUAGCAUUUGAGACCGGCCUAAGCAUCCCGUGAACAACUAUUAAUCAAAUUCUUAUCACUAUUUAUUCAAUUACAACUAAAACCGAGGUUAGUUAGUUCAAUUAAUUAUUUAAAAUCAAUAAUCAUGCUUUUUUUCUCAACAGCUUGACCCCUUGAACUUUUUAUUGGUUUAAGAUAGUAGUGUAUAACUCAAGCGAUAAUAAUUAUAUUUAUCGUUUUAUUUUUUUUAUAAAGCAAUUUUAUCAAGUCUUUACUACAUCUUUGAGUCUCAAAAUGGCAUUUUUUUUUCUAUAUUAAGUCUUAAUCUAGACUCUGUAAUAUUCAGUUUCAUUUCAUAAGCGGGCGUAGUUAGGUUAUUUAAAGUAAGACCAGUCAGGUCAGUCAUAUGACUAUUCGAAAUGUCAUUUUAAUACAUUUGACAGAUUAUUAAAAUCGUUAACGUUUGUAGGAUACCACUUGUACGGUGCCUGAAUUCUGUAAAUUGCUGAACUUUUAAGACUACCUUUUUAUAAUAACCUAAAUUGCCCGUAAAAUAUUUCUUUCUUCAUGUAUUUUUUCAUCUUAGUAUCUAUUCAUUCAUUUACCAUCUAAAGUUAAUUAUAAGUAGGUAGAUCUAUGUAAUUCGAUGUAAUGUAAUACGUACUUUUGGAAUUUCUCUUGAUAUUGUUUGGAUCUCGUUCAAAAUUAUAUUUUUAUAAUAAAUAAAAAUUGUUUCUUUUAAGAUUCUAGCGGGUGGUGCUUAAGCGAUAGUUCAUUUAUUUAUAAAUAUUAUUAUUGUAACAGUGCCUACCCUGUAUGACGUAUUAUUUUGGCGUGAUCAAUAUUUUUUUUUAGAUAUUUUUUUCGUAUUUUAAGGUUUUUAGAAAAAUUUUAAACGGACGUAGAAAUUUCAAAAAUUAGAUCUCAUUUUAAGGCAACAAUUCUAUAAGUGCCUUCAUAAAGAUCUCCCAAACGUUUUUGGAUAACAAAAUAAAAGGAAAAGUGAAUGUUUUUUAUGAACAUUUUAGGGUUAUGUAUGUUGUGUUAGAAUCUAUCGACGUAACUUGAUUAUUGUCAAAACUAACACCUCCAUGUUGAUAAGUUUUUUUAUAAAAUAAAUUUUCAAUUCUUUACGAUUCGUAUUAUUUUCUGGGUGUAAAGUCUUUAAGAAAUAUAUGUCUUCGAAAAUCUA